CGCUUUCGCAAUUCUGGUUCGCAGUUCUCGUCUACUCGGAUCGUGGUUGGGGCGAAAUCACUUGAAAUUGGCGGAAUUUCUGUGGAGUGUAGAAAAGUCGAUACGCGAGGAUUUAUGUUAGAGAUAACUGUCGUCAGGAAUUGUAGCAGCGGGGGUAAAGGCAGUUUGAAUCAGAGGUCGGGGUCGAGUUAUGUUGCGCGAUUGGGUGUCUGUUGAGGCGAUCGAUUACUUCUACGGUGGUUACGCGGGUUGAAGUUAGUUUAGUUUGGAAUGCGGGUUGGCAGAAGUGAUGGAUUGGGAAUUUGGGUCGAAUGGAGCAGAAGGACGUAGUUCGAGUACUGCUAGUACAUUGAACAAUUAGCCCUAGAAAACAUGCUUGAGGAUGAGACCGGACCGCCGGUGUCGGGAGCUGCUGUUGAUGCAUAUACGGAGAGAUUGAAAGGGGUGUUGGGUGAUGGAGGUCCUGGAGUUGCUGGCGCUGCAUAUGGUCUGGCGCGGGCGGGCAAUGGCAGCCUGAAGCCCAUAGCGACUUCAACUCCUGCACUAGCCCCUGCAGCUUCUUCUGCAGUUCCACCUGCCACAGGAAAUUCUGAGACUGCAUCGAGUGUGCCAGCGGCUCAUCCGUCACCGUUGACUCUUCCGAUCACUCAAUCCCAAUGGGCAAAGCUAACCCCGCAGCAACAGCAGUUAUAUCGUCAGCAGCACCACCUCCGUCAACAAGCUUUGCUGAAUCAACAGCGGCAGCAGCAGCAAGCAGGCGUGCAGCAGGCAGGCGCAGGUGCUAGUGGGCAGCCUCAAAGGCGACCAGGGAGUAACAUCAGUCAAGGCAUCUCAUUCGGGGAGUUGAUGCCUCUGCUCCAGCCUCAUCUUCCUCCCGCGCAGUCUGAGCAACUGAGUGCGUUGUACCAGAGAUUUAAGCAAAAUGAGAUCACAAGAGAAGACUUUGUCCGGGGGGCUAGAGCGAUUGUUGGAGACCAAGUUUUGGUGCAGACUAUUCGGCAAAUGCACAAGCAGCAUCCACAAGGAGGUCCAUCACCUGGAGUAUCUCAACAAACAGGGGCUCAACAUGCAGUGAGUCAACAAACAGGGACCCAACAACAGGCAGUUCAUCAGCAGUUAGGCAGCAGUUCGCAAAUUGCAGCAGCGCAGCAAUCAGGACCUGCUGGUCAGCCGGCUACUUCGUCUGGCUCAAACUCGCAACCUACAAAUGCCGUGGCUGUUUCUCAACAACAAAGCACGAAAGCAGCCAUUGAACAAAAUGAUUCUGUGCCAUCCGUCGGAGUUAUGCAGGCUCAAUCUCUGCAACAGCAACAACAGCAACACCAAGAUCAGCAGCAACAGGGACAUAAUUCCAGUCAACCAGCCUCCGUUCCUGCGGGACAGCAGCAGCCGAAGGUGGAGGAACAUCCCCAAGGCUCUUCUCAAUCAGGUCAAUCUAAAGCGCCUGCACUACUUCAAAGCUCGGUACCAGCUCGACCCAAUCUGCCAAACGUGAAAGCGGUGGAACAAAGUCAACAAUCGGGAGAUACAAGUAGCCAAGGAACGGCAGUCACCUCACCUAGUUUACAGCAAGUGAAGAACGAGGUGGACAAGGCUGUGGGCCCUACCCAAGCCGUAAGGCCGCUGCACAUGCCAGCGUCAGGUUCAUUCGGUGGGUUUCAAGCUCGACCUUCAACACUGUCAACACCUCACACUCCGGGUGGUCAAGUGCAUCCGGGUCAUCCGGGACAGGUGCCGAGGGCGCCCACUCCAAUGCAGUUUAGUGCGUUACCACAGACUCCUCACAUGAGACCUGCUUUCUCUCAAGCAAUGUCUGAGACGAGUCAGCAGUCGGAUCAGAAGCCUCUGACAAAGUAUGCGAAAGCAAAGCUUCGGAAAGAGCAGAAGAAGGCGGAAGAGGAAGAGAGAGCGCGGAAAAUGGCGGAGGACGAAAAAAUGAGGAGGCAGCAACCAGGUGGUGCGGGCAUUGCAAGCCCUCAUCCUCAAACACCGCAAACAGCCCAAUCGGUGUCAAUGCCAGUGGCAGUACCUCAGCCACAUCCGAAGUUGCUGGAGAGCAAACAGCAGGCAGCGCAAUCCAUUCAUGCAGUGAAGCAGGAGGCACAUAUCGACCAGCAAACUGGAGGUGCUCUUCAAAGAGUUCCGGUGACACCCAUGCAGACGGGCCAGAUGGCCAUCAAAGCUCCUGGGCAAGUGCAACUUCCUGAGACAGUAGUGUCUCAAGCUAUCCCUGCAGUUGCUAGAGACCCAAAUGCACAGGUUCCAGGUAGCGACAAGAGCCAGCUGAACACCCCGCCAGCAGGGGGACCAAUGUCUCGUUACACAGGCCUGCCGGGUUUGGCGGGCGCUUCUCAGCUAGUUGCAGUCGGAGGUACAGCGGCUGGUAGCACUACCCCUCAGGCAGGUGGUUCUGUGAGACAGGGACCCCCUUAUGUUCUUGCUUCCGAGCUACGAAGUCCUGCUAUGAAUUUCAACUCGGGGAUGAGUACACCCGCUCCGAAACCGGGAGCAGGUGGCGGAGGCGGAGCUCCUGGAGGUCCUACUGCGCAGGCACUGAACACUGGUGCGAAGACUCCUGUUAAGAAACCCGCUGUUGGAGUGGGUCAGAAGAAGCCAGGCGAAGCCUUGCCUGCCACUGCACAACCAGCAAGCAAGAAACAGAAGACCCAAGGAGCAGAGGCUGACCAGAGCAUUGACCAGCUGAAUGAUGUGACGGCCGUGAGUGGUGUGAACCUAAGGGAGGAGGAAGAGCAAUUAUUGGCUGGUCCAAAAGAGGAAAGUCGAACGACAGAGGCAAUGCGAAAGUUUGUGCAGGAAGAAGAAGAGCGAUUGUUUCUGGAGAGGGGACCAUUACGUGCCAAAGCUCAGGCUAUAGCUGCGAAAUGUGGGUUGAGGAGCGUUAGUGAAGACGUGGAGAGAUGUAUAUCCAUGGCUGCUGAGGAGCGAGUGAGGUCCAUGCUUUACAAGUUGAUCAAGUAUUCUAAACAGCGUUGUGAUGUGGAGAAAGAUGCACACAGUACAGUGGUGACAUCGGAUCCUCGAAGGCAAGUUUUGUUGAUGAAGAAAAGGGCGAAGGAGGCGAUGGAGAAAAAGCUGGCGGAUGAGAAUGAACGGUUGCGUAAAUUGAACGAGAAAAAGGACAAAGGAGCACUGGCUGACGGUGACAACGAGGAUUUGAGGCUGAAGGCGCAGAAGGCCCAACAAGAAGAAGAUGACAAAAUGAGGGCGAAGGCUGCGAACGUGGCUGCAAGGGCUGCAGUCGGAGCAACGGACAUGCUAUCGAAAUGGCAGAUGAUGGCAGCGCAAGGGCUGGCAAAACGACAGGGCGGGGACACUGCAAACGAAUCUGCAAGAACAGGCGGUGGCGAGGAAACUUCGGGCAGCCGAGAGCAGGAGCGUAGGCAGGAGAACGGGGAAGUGGGAAAAGCUUCAGGUUCUGGACGGGUAGAUAAUGACGGUGAUGGAUCUUCUGGAGCUGCGGUUGCCGGUAGACCUACAGGGCCCGGUUCAGGGACGGGGAGGGGCGGCGCGGUGCGUAGGAUUGGAGCACCGGGUGGAAGGCAACCUCGUUCGAUAUCGAUGAAAGAUGUGAUUGCACUACUUGAGAGAGAGCCACAGAUGUCAAAAUCAACAUUCUUGUAUAGGUUGUACGAACGCGAUCGCAAAGCAGAGAGCUCUAGGAGAAUUUAGAUUGGAGUAUUAUUCUGGGGCUAUUCUUCGCCUGGCGUUCAGUGCAGAGAUGAGCAUGUUUGAUGAAGGUUGACCUUUAGUGUCGGUUCUUGUGCUUUUUUUGGAUUGUGUGGGAAGCCCAUAGUGCGAUGUCGCAUGUCGCCAUUGGAGUCGUGCUGGAUGGUGCAAGGGAGUCAUGGAGAAGAGUGGACGAUUAGUUUAGUAGUGGAUUCCUGUAGACCGCAGAAUUGAGGAUGGGUCUGGGAAUUGUAGACAUGUUGUACACAAUGCAUGAACUGUUGGUCAUUGUUGAUGCCUGAGAUGAUCAUAUUGUAGACAGGUCAAGUUGGUUGCGGGACGGUUUAUAUGUUGUGGAACUUGAAUCGUUCUAGAAAUUGCACAUUUUUUUUUUUU